AGUUUGUUGUCAAGGAGAAGGUCCCCAGAAGCGGAAGUGAUUUGCACGUGUUUACAUGGGAGACAUGGAGGCUGCUUUGAGGGAAAUCGGGUGUGAGCAGAGCCCGCUGACUCGGCCAGAUGGUUCUGCAACGUUUGUUCAAGGGGACACUUCCGUGCUGGCUGGGGUGUAUGGGCCGGCUGAGAUUAAGGUCAGCAGAGAGAUAUACGACAAGGCCACGCUGGAAGUCAUCCUUAGACCAAAAGUAGGAUUACCAGCUGUGCAGGAAAAGAACCAGGAGCAACUUAUCCGAGAGACUUGUGAAUCUGUGAUCAUUGGUGCCUUGCACCCUAGGACCUCCAUAACCAUAAUACUGCAAGUUAUUAGCGACGCUGGAUCUCUGUUAUCCUGCUGUUUGAAUGCCGCCUGCAUGAGUCUGAUGGAUGCUGGUCUCCCAAUGAAGUCCCUGUUUUGCGGGGUGACGUGUGCGUUGGACAGUGAUGGCAACUUGACCCUUGAUCCCACCGCUAAGCAGCAUAAGGAGAGUCGUACAGUGCUGACAUUUGCCUUGGACAGCGUGGACAGGAAUGUGUUAAUGAUGUCAUCCCGAGGGACAUACUCUGCCACUGAGCUCCAGCAGUGUAUAGCAGCGGCCCAGCUUGCCUCCCUCAAAAUCUUUCAAUUCUACAGAGAGUCCAUCAGGAAGAGAUAUUCAAAAGCCUGAGGAACCAGUGAGGAGCUCUUCUGACCCUGCUAAAUACCACACACAUUGAGAGUGGUCACCUAGAGACAGAGCACUAUCUUUCCCUUCAUCAGGAUUCUACAUUUCCUUUGCUGAUUUUCUUCAUUUCUGAACAUCUGUAGGUUUAUUCACUCAGUACAGCUAAGUCUCCACCCUCUCUCUUUUUCGUCGCCUUACUAGAGCCCAAUUUCUCUUAUUUGUCUCAUGUACUUAACUAUCUCCCAAAGUUUUUUUUUUUUAUUGUGGCUUAUAACUUCCCUUCCUCCAGGUCUAUGUGUGCACUCCUUUUUAGUAGACCGCUUACCAUCUAGCACAUUAUGGAGCUAUAGCUGAUAUUAAUGUUUUAAAGGGACACUAAACCCAAUUUGUUUCAUUAAUGAUUCAGAUAGAGCAGCAAUUUUAAGCAACUUAGAAAAAUUGACAAUAGGAGUAAAUUACUAAGUUCUCUUGCUAUCGUUAUUUAAAAAGCAGGAAUUAAAAGCAUAGGAUCCGGCCCAUUUUAGGUUUAGCAACCUGGAUAGCAAUUGCUUCUUGGUGAAUACAUUCAGCCGACCAAUAAGCAAGCAUAACCCAGGUUCUGAACCGAAAAUGGGACGUCUGCUAAGCUUUACAUUAUUGCUUUUUCAAUAAAGAUACCAAGAGAAAGAAGAAAAAUUGAGAAUAGGUGUAAAUUACAAAGUUGCUUAAAAUUGCUGCUGUAUCUGAAUCAUAAAAGAAAAAAAAUUGGGUUUAUUAUCCCUUUUUAAGGUUAGUUACAGGAAUCCUUAGCGCAAUAUUGCAAUUCAAACCUGGCCCUGUUGCAUACAGUUUAUUGUUUAGAAUAUGAGUUUAUAGAACCUGAAGAGUAUGAACCUAUUUUAACAGGGGAAGUUGUUCCUCACAUUGAAACCUGUAGCCAUUUUAUAAUAAAAAAUUCCACCCAUUAUUUUUACGCAAAAAAUUACAACAAAGUAGAAGAUCAUUGUCAUCUUAGAAAUAAUUAAUACUUUGUUUGUUAUUUUCAUGUUAGUGAAUUUUUGUUUCUAUAUUUUUUUUACAAAUAAAAUAAAAUAUUACAAUGUA